UUCGCGAUCAGAAGCGUUAAAGUCGACGAAAAAUGCCACAAUUGUCGGUCGCCGGUAGCGCAGUCGAACUAGCGUCCUGUCUUUAGCAAGGAAUCUAGGCUUUCUCUGCGGCGUACAUUCGUUGGUUUCGUUCUGUUUCUGCAGACCUCCGCCUGGAAAAAGCGAGAGAGCAGGCGAUGGCGGAGCAGAGCAGACCUACGAUUUGUUUGCUUUGAGGAAUUAUUCGUCGCGGAAAAAAUGUUUUGUCGCAGCUUUCCAUUCUCUUACUAGGUAUUCUGGAAAGGUCAGGAAUGGAUUGGACUUGUGUGGUUUUUCAGCGAUAGGAGGAUUGCAAUGUGAUGUGCGAUUGUAAACUUGCUUCAAGGCGUGGAUGAUGGAUAGAAUUGAGCCCUUUGCUAGACAAUGAGCUCGACAGAUGUCCAGCGUUGUUUCUCCGCACAUGUGUUGAGUAUUGCGUCUGGUUUUAUCCUUCAGGCACUUUUUCAAGAAUUUCUUUUGGUGCUUAUUUCAGACUUCUCGCAAUAUUUUUUUUCUUUUAUCCCUCCUCUUACAACUCAGUUAAGGUAUCACGACGCUUAGUUUGUUGGAUGUCAGCUGACUUUGCCUGCGGAGAGAACUAGCUUGCAUUGAGCGUAGCCAAUUAGAGGUUAUGGAGGCGGGUUCAAGUAACGCUCAAGCUUCUGCCUCGUAAAAUUCAUCAUGAAUUGGAUGAAAUGUUCCAAUAUUGAGGACUAGGAGAAACUGUUUGCCUGGUACCUUUGGCUUGAUUUCAUCUUGCAGUCACCUAGAGUUAGCAUGGAAAAAGAGUUCCUCAUUUUUUCCUGAUAUAAGACCUUGUCACAUUCUGCAUGUUCUCAAAUGGUACAAGAUGGCACCCUGAAAAUGAAGUGCACUUCUGUUUUUUCCAGCUUUUGUAAGGGUUUUGGAAACGGAAGCUGAGAUUAGCACAUAACUUUGCUCGCUUUAGGUUCAGUAAAAGCGAGAAUUUCUCGUUGCAAACAGCUCGGUCUUCUUUUCUAUGGCAUUUUUUGUAUGCAUAUUCUGAAUGCUUUUCCAGGUUUUUUCAGGAUGAAGUCGAUGAGGUUCCGCAGCUGCUGUGAUGCGUAGAAAGCUAUAAUGAGCUCAUGUGAUACUUGUCCAAAGCUCGUAACCGAAUGCAAGAAUCAGGGUUGGAAAAGCUUUCAAUGGAAAGCGAGAGAUCACAUUUCGUGGACGAACCGGCCGUGGCAAAAUCCAAGAAAAUGAGUGCAGUAAUGGAAAUGCACUGGAACGUGUGAAGAGCCCAACAUUAUAGAGCUUAAUCAUGUUGUGCUUUUCCUCGAACAAUUCACUUCAUUUAUAAAUUUUCAAGACAAUCACAUGUUUAGGCUGAAGUAUGGCGUGGACUAUAUAUUCUUAACAGCAUGGAUCAGGGGCUAAGAUUAUCUGGAUGCCCAACUCAUCAAUUUAGAAGUGUCUUAGACAUCGAUCUACAGGAUGUACCUGGAAGCCUGUGGUUUUUAAAGUCAUGUAUUUGCUUUUCUCCCAGUUUUCACUCUUCUGUUAUCAAGGGCUAAAAGUCAGCAAGGGUGUUUGUUGCCCUCCCUCUCUCAUUGUCCGAAGGGAGGUUAGGUGGUGGAGGAAAGCUCGACAAUCUCAAAUGCAACAAUUUGUGAAAGAUCCUUUUCCUCUUGCUUGCUCAGACAAUAUCGCUUGUCAUGGUUAUGAGGCGUGUGAUUACUGUUGUGAGGUUAGGAUUAUGCGCAAGUAUCGGAGGUCUGAAGAGGUGUUGAAAUCAGCUUGUUGUCGAGACCUUUGUGAAGUUGGGCGGCCAGCUCCUAGAAGCACACCGAAUGAGUGAAAAUGGUGAAGUACACUCGGAUGGAGGAGAACAAACGCGUCUUUACAGAGGAGUACGACACUGAUGAGUACGAAACGUUGACAUGUGAAUGUCACCACCUCGCAAGGGCUAAAGAACUUAAUGGUUCUAGGCGGAAGCCCUUCUUCUGCAUAUACUGUAAAGCAGUUUUCAAGGACAAAAACAAGUUGAAUCUUCAUAGGCUUGAAGGGUGUUUUGCUGUAACUUGUGAUGGCAAGAAGACUGCCCUCAAGAUUUACCCGGUGUUUGGCAAAGGACAAAGGGGAGAAGUUGAAGAUAUCCUCAUCAAACGCGGUCUCAUGAAUCCACGGAAGAAGCCUUCAAGGGCUAAGAGGAAGAAAUCAGCCGCCGUCUUAAAGGAAUCCAUCCCUAGUAUGGGAAUAGAAAUUGCUGCUCAGGCAGCAGAGGAAGAGCAUGCACCCCUUCGGCCGCAGAAACCGAAAGUAUGGGGUAUGCUUUCUUCCUAUUCUUCUCAUGGGGCUAAGAAGAAACACAUGAGUUCGAAAGAUAGUGAUAUGCAGAUUUCGUAUGGAAACCACGAGCAAGUGGUGGACAUCCCCAACAGCGGCGACACUCUAGCUGUGGGGCAAGGAGAGAUGCAGGUGCAGAUGUAGUUGACCAGGGAACAGGUCGAAGCCCAGGCGUGGGUAGUAGCUAUUAAUAUGCCUCGAGAUGCCUAUGUGGUUUCACGCCCCGAAGUGGUGCCAUGUCCCGGUCUUUGGUACUUGAUGCAAUUCCAGUUGCUACCAAGUGACUUCCCUAACGUCAGGGAUGACUCUUUCUUUCAGGCCUUUAUUGACUUUGUAGAUAAGGGGCUGAUUGAUGCCGCCUUACGCAGUUCGUAUGGAACGUGGUACAUGGAGAGAGAGUGUGAUGCAAAUGAAGAGGAAAAAAACGCAGUGAAGCUUACAACAACCAGAUUCAAAUUAGUUGGAGGUCUCCCUGAUCUAGUUGCACGACACACAGAGAAGCAAGCAUUGCUAGCGUUCCUGCAAUACCAGAAAGAAUGCUUAAAAUUUGAAGGAGAGAAGCUUGCAGCCGAAAAGGAGCUUCGCUUACGCAGGGAGAGGUAUGUCAAGGAUAGACUCAAAGACUUCGAUGCAAGGGAACAUGCCCAUAAGGAACUGGCUGUUUGGCAUUGGUCACCACUACUACAUAUUUUGAAGUUGUAUUCCAUUGCAAGCGUCCCCCCUAGACCUUGGUUACAUUCGGACGCAGAGCAAAAGCAAAUUGCGCAUGCUGUGCUAAGGAAUCGUAGCCUGUAUGUUAGUGAUCCUCCGCCUUGUCCUUUGAUAGUGCGCAUGUUCAAGAUUGUGUACUUCUGUUGCUUUGAUAAAAACAAAACUUUAUCUGAUCCUAUCUCGGGGCUUUCGCGCGAGACGAUCCUCAGCUACUCAACCAGCGAAAGUGCAGCUCCUGUGCUGAGAAUUUCUGCUCAAUCUGUUCUCAAUGAAGGAUGCUUUCUGUUUGCAAACUUGCUUCCUCAUUCCGGGGCACAAGCAGAAGUUUUUCAAGAUAUCAAUUUUCUGCUUCAUGGUUCGACACUUGAGCGUGAAAUGAUAGUGCACAAAGUGCAAAGCUUUCUGAGAAUCGUGCGCCAACGUGCUGCUGGCGAUAUGGCUCAAUUGCAUCCAAAGGAGUUUCGUGUGCUUUGGUGUGGUGGUGGUGACAGUGCUGUUAAUGAUGCAUUGAAGAAGUUUAUGCUCUGCCUCAAAUCCCGAGAAGAUUUGAAUAUGAGAUGGGUGUCGUCCUCUUUAGGGCACUCUGAGUGCGAUUCUGUUGCAGUUAUGCAAGCAAGAGAGGCUGUCUUGAAAGCAAUUCAUAAACUACACGACCAGCGUGUGAUUUCUGACAAAAACCGCCUGCUAGCUGCCUCAUCCCGCUUACAGUCAAUUGACGUCAAGGCUUCUGACGACAAGUUUCAAGCAUUACUCGAGCCUUGUUCUCAGCGGAAGAUAUCAGACAGUAGUGCAAAUGGUUCAUCAGGUCAAGGUCUGGAUGAUGGAAGCAAUGGUUCUAGCUACUCGACCAGUGGCUCCGCCGAGACCCAGCAGGAUUCGCGGCCCUCUCAUGAAGUAAAAGAAAUAGGCAUUGACGUUGAGAGACCACUCCAUACACAUGACCUAGUCGAUAAGCCACCUCGUAAGCAUUUCAAUACUUCCCCUGACCUCAACGUAACUCUCGAUUCUGAUGAUUCCUACAGUCCUGCUUCUCCUGUGAUGAAAUCUGACUCGUCUCUAACUUUACACAUGACCGGACUGCAUGUCGUACCCCCCAAGUCAGUCUCCGUUCUCGGUGUUGAGGUUCAAACCUCAGAUCCUUGCAGUCGUUCUCCUCUACCUCUCCACUUUCAUGGUCCCAGUAGUGGUGCCCAAUCCCCUAAAAGUCAUGAGGAUCUGCGUCCUGCUCCUCUUCACCCUGAUGUCCAUGCCGACAGUUCGCAUGUUGCCUCUCCCCUUGUCCAAACUCGUCUCUCUGAAAAUCCUUACGCUGCAGAAACUUCCUCCUCUGCCUCGGCCUCAGCUAAUCAUGCUCCAGAGAAUUAUUCCCCUUGCGUUCCUCUCAUGUUCACUGCGCAGUCAUCAUUCUCUACUUCAACUACUGCCACCACACGCAAUGAUUCUCUUAAAGAAUCCUGAGCCACUCUGGAGUUAAAUGUUACCCGGAUGGAUCCAGAUCAGGAGCAGUGACCUAGUAACAGUGCAUUUGUAAAUCUGCAUAUGUGUGCCAUAUCAGUUGUUAUUUAUCCGGUUUUGUUUACUGAGAGGUAAGUUUGGUUAGUGCCUUACGAGAAUGUUCGCUUCUUUCAUAAAUUGAGACUAAAUUUAUACAUGGUUUUUGUACUCUUGAAUUCUGCGUUCAGGGUGCAGAACCUGCAUUUUGAUAUUAUCA